AUGAAACUGAGCGGGGGACCUUUGAUAAUCUUUACAGGCUGUUGAUGCUGUUACUACACACUAGGCCUUCACAGGAGAACCUGCCAGUCCUCCACUCGAUGGCCGAGGCAUACACUUGUGUUUUCAUCAAGUGCUGGAAAUAAUUCUGAAUACUAGUGUUUUAAUUAUAAAUCUGUAUCUCUACAAGAUAAAAUUAUUUUGCAGUGUUUCAAAGAAGUGGAUAAUUACUGACACUUUGGCGACAUACACACGGAGAUGUCCCAAACCUUCCGGAUACCGAACACUGUUAUCAAUCAUACAAUACUAGAAAAAGGAAAUUCAAUUUGGAUUUGUUCUUUACUUGACAUAAUCAAAUCAGAAGAAGGGGAAUUGGAAGACAUUUGUUUGUGAUGGCAGCUGUGAGUUGGUAUGUCGACCGGAUAUCCAUCGCCGGGGUCGCAAACUCCCAGUAUCUACAUGGAUUGUCCGGGAAUCUUCAGCGCUGAUGUGACGUCAAGAGAACGCUCAAAGUCUUGUCUCUGUGGCCCGGCACAUGCAGUAUGCAUCAUAAUGAAGGGCAAGGGAAGACAACUUUGGAUGUUAAUGUGUGUAAUCUGUGUAGUGCUAUGUUUUAGUGCCUAUAGCAACAGUGUGGUAUGGAGAACCAUGGCCGUGAAUACAUUCUCUCCUAAUGAGGAGUUGUCUGUUGCUGGGGCUCGCAAGCUCCUGGAAGAGGAAGAAUGGGGUACAGAAAAGCUGCACCCUCCUGGAACAGACAAGAGACUCCCUCAGUCUGUUAUAUUUGGUGUACGUAAAUGUGGUACUCGGGCAAUGCUUGAGUUCCUAGGACUUCAUCCACAGAUCCGACCUGCUGAUCAUGAGGUACACUACUUUGAUGAUGACAUCAACUAUAAUCUGGGAAUUAACUGGUACAGAAAUCAGAUGCCUUACUCCUUCCAUGAUCAAGUCACCAUAGAGAAAAGUCCACGAUAUUUCAUCACAGAAAAAGUUCCCGAAAGAAUCUCAAGUAUGAAUCAUUCAAUAAAACUUAUUGUUCUUCUUAGAAAUCCGACUGUGAGAGUAAUCUCGGACUAUACACAAGUGUAUUAUAACAAAAAGGCCAAAGGGAAAGUUCACGAGAAACUAGAGAAGCUAGCUAUUGAGCCUUCCACUGGGGAAGUGAACACACGCUACAAGGCUGUACGUAUCAGUAUAUAUCACCAACACUUUGAGCGGUGGCUGAAGGUGUUUCGGCCCGACCAGUUCCACAUAGUUGAUGGUGAUAACCUAAUAGUUCGGCCUUGGGAGGAGAUUGCUCUGGUCGAGGAAUUCUUGGGAUUACCACAUAAAAUCACACGAGAGCAUUUUUACUAUAACUCAACUCGUGGAUUUUAUUGUAUGAAGUUAGGACACGAAAAGUGUUUAGGUGCUACAAAGGGGAGACGGCACCCCUUCACUGAUCCUGUGGCCAUCGACAAAUUACGUGCUUUCUUCAAGCCACACAAUCAGUUGUUGUUUCAAAUGAUCAACAGGACAUUUGACUGGGAGUGAGGGUGAGGUUUGUGAACCUUCAAAAAUGGCAGCUAAAUAUCUGUUCUCUUCAAAAUGUGCCAAUUUUUUCAUAAAUAAUCUCAUAAAAACAUAUUUAUUUUUCAUUCCGUAGACAAAUUAUUUUUCAUACAAGUCAUCUUUGUGUUGCAUGUGUGUGAAGAGUGUUUUAUUUGUGGGAGUGAUGUGUACCUGUGAUGUCCACACAUAUAGACAAACCUACAGCUAUGUAGACAGGAGAGGAACACCAAUCAGCUUUAAUUAUUGUCAGAUUACAAAAUGCUAGUCUUGUAUAUCUAUAGGAUAUAACUUCAAUGACAUCAUGUCUACAUGUACCGAGGUCAGAUUAUAGUCUGUUUUUUAUGUCGGGGAUGGUCAUUCUUCUAAUGUAGUAUAUAACUUUUUAUUGCAUUUUGCCAGUGAAAUAUAGAAAUUUAUCAAACUGAUGAAACUUAAAUUUUCACUGCAGUGAUGAGCAAUGAAAAUAUAAGAUUUUGCAGUGAAAAUAUUAGUUUUUCAUUUAUGACCAAUCGGAGCAAACCUUUGUAUUCACCUCAUUGAACUUGCUGAUUUUUCCAAUCAAAGCAAACAGAGUUACAACUUCACAAAAAGUCAAUGUCAUGAAUUAUGUUACUGAUUCCUGCACUUUUUGAUACUAUUAAUUUUUUUCAAUGUUUUUAAUUUUGUUUUUUAGCAUAAAAAUGCAAUAAAAAGAAAAAUUUGAUGGUUUCCUUUUGACUAAAAAAUAACAUAAAUUUCACACGUAUGACAGAGGAUAUUGACUUGUGCUAUAACAAUAUUCUGUCAUAUUCAUGAUAUUUGUGUUAUAUUCGAUGGGAAACCAUACAAUAUCUUCUAUAUCCUGUACCUGGCAUUCCCAUUGUCAGAAUACUCCCACCAUGUGUAGUUUUGCUAUAUUUGGCAGUGAUGGAAAACAGCUGUAUUUCAGAAGCUUAGCAAUUCAACUGACCUGCUUCCAAGUGAAACAAAGUGUCUUAAAACAUAAGCUUUAUUUUUGGCUCCGGACAGAAAGAAAUAAUGGCUUGCAACUUUUGUCUUUCUUUCGCCAAAAUACAGCUUAUAUCUCAAGACACUAUAUAACCAUGUUUUCUCUGUACCUCUCCUCAAUUAUAAAUGGUUCGUCAAAUUAUGGAAAGGAAAUUUGUACAAAUAAUAAAACUGCAUGUGAUAACCACAUGUCUAAAAACCUUAAAUUUACUUUCA